AUGGCAGAGCAUGAUGUCUGGUUGAUUACCGGUUGCUCUUCUGGACUGGGCAAAGCUCUUGCGGAGUACGCCUACAAAGCAGGGUCUGCCGUUGUGGCUACGGCUCGGAAGCCCGACACACUCUCAUACCUUCCUGACAGUCCGAACGUCCUCAAGCUUCGUCUGGAUGUUACUUCGAAAGAUGAAGUCGCAGAGGUGAUUCAGGCGACGGUUGACAAGUUCGGCCACCUGGAUGUGGUAGUCAAUAAUGCAGGCUACGGCGUGAUUGGCGACACUGAAGUUCUCCCCGACGCCGAUGCGCGCGCCCAGCUCGAGACCAACUUCUGGGGUGCCGUCAAUGUCACCAAAGCCGCUCUCCCCAUCCUACGAGAAGUCAACCCUCCCGGAAAGGGUGGCCUGUUCAUGCAGAUCUCGUCUGUGGGUGGCAGAAUUUGCCUUGCCGGUUCGGCUUAUUACCAUGCCAGCAAGUUCGCCCUGGAGGGAUUCACAGAUUCCGUGGCGAAGGAGAUGCACCCGGACUGGAACAUCAAGUUCACUAUCAUCGAACUAGGAGCUGUCGAAACCAAGUUCCCGCAAAAUAUGGUUCUGCCUCCACGACAUCCGGCUUAUGAAGACCCAGCUUGCGGAUAUAAUGCGCUCAGAGCCUACCUCACCAGCCCAGAAAACGCUGUGCAGUGGUGUGAUGCAUCAGUCUGUGCUCAAGUCUUGCACGAGCUUGCAUCCAACAGAAAUAAGACCACUCCGCCUCUGAGACUCGCCCUGGGCGCCGAUUCGUGGGCCAUUGUCAAACAUGAAUUGGAAAGUAUCAUGAAGGAGCAUGAAGCCUGGAAGACUGUGGCAGAGAGCACUUCCCAUGCCGAAAACGCACGCGUCACGGAUUUCUUGCUCAAGUCAGUGCGCUAG